CUUGAAGCAACUGAUUCCUUGCUGUCGGCUAAUGUGUCCAAAGAUGUUCUAAACAGUUGUUUAGAUGGCAUCAUGCUGGCAAUGACUGCUAAUUAUGAGCUCAAUCAACGACGACGGGAUGCCAUCAGACCUCAAUUUAAAGCGGAAUUUACCAAGGGGCUUUGUACAAAAAGAAAUUCGUCAGCUGGACUUGUAUAG